AUGAAGGAUUCCCAGAUUGGGGCUGAGGCUCCGCUGAGCGGCUUGAUGGAGGCUCCUACUGCCGCCCAUUUUCAAAUGGCACCAGUCGUCCCCUUCACAACAUCAACAUUGCAGUCGCAUCAACACUCUAAGUCUGUCGCGACAAACCUCUCCCCUGAAAGUAUUGCUAUUCUCGGCUCUCAGCAUUACCAAGUCAUCGCUGCCAGCAAUAUGCUCUCGUGGACGACCAUAGCAAGGGCGAGCUCUCUCGUGUUAGCUCUACCAUGCCUCAUCAGCGCACAGAGCACUACAAACGACAAUCUCACCUUGACUUUCUAUCCCGACAGUGAGAGCACAUGUGGGAACAACGGCAUCUCCUUCACAACAGGAGUCAGCGAGCCGUACACGAAUUUGUGCUUCAACCUGGCCGACGUAUUCGGCGGGAACCAGACCAACGGAAUGCGCAACGCGUCCUCCAGUUCGGUGCCGCCCUUGCCGGGUGUGUUCGAAUGGACCGUGCUCGACAAGGAAGCCUAUGAUCCCGCCGCCAACUACUCUCACAUCCGGUACCAGCAGCCUCAGAAGAGCACCACCAACAACAGCGACCACCACCUCGAAGCUUACCGGAGUGUGACCUUAUACAACGGAAAGCAGUGUCUUCAGGAACCCGAGGCUGGGGGUGGACCCGUCCUGCCUUGGUAUGGCUUGAACUGCAUAUCUGAUGACGGGGGUGACUGUCAUACCUUGCCUUACAACCUCCAGAGCUUCGGGGUUGAAACUGCGGUGUAUGCUCAAGCCGAAGACUGCUGGAAGUUAUCAAAGCAAGGGCAGGAUGAGGAGGGCGCCGCUUCAAUUAGGUUUGCGAGGUCGACGGCUAGUCUGGUGAUCGUUGCUUCUGUGGCCGUUGCUAUCCAGUCCUUGAUGUAA